ACCUCUCCCAUUCUCGGACUAAACCACGUGGCCGUGCUUCCCCCCCUCCCGGCCGGCAGUGGUACAGCCCCACGUCUCCGAUUGGUGGAUCCGAGGGCGCGGGGCGGGGCCAGCCGAGAGGGGAAUCCGGCCGACCGCGCGCAGGCGCCGCACUGUGCCCUGGGCAGCGGAGCCGCCAGCAUGGUCCUGUUGCACCUGCUCUUCGAGCACGCGGCGGGCUACGCCCUGCUGGCCCUGAAGGAGGUGGAGGAGAUCGGCCUGCUGCUGCCCCAGGUCGAGGAGUCCGUGCUGAACCUGGUCAAGUUCCUCAACCUGGUCCGCCUCGUAGCCUUUUCGCCAUUCACGUCGGCCCAGAGCGCGCUGGACAACGCCAAUGCCGUCUCCGAGGGUGUGGUGCACGAAGACUUACGUCUGCUGCUGGAAACCAACCUCCCAGCCAAGAAGAAGAAGGUGGUGCUGGGGGUCGGGGACCCCAAGAUCGGAGCCGCGAUCCAGGAGGAGCUGGGUUAUCAGUGCCAGACGGGGGGCGUGGUGGCCGAAAUCCUCAGAGGUAUCCGGCUGCAUUUCCCGUCCCUGGUGAAGGGUCUGACGGCCGCCUCGGCCUCCAAGGCCCAGCUGGGCCUCGGCCACAGCUACUCCCGCUCCAAGGUCAAGUUCAACGUCAACCGGGUGGACAACAUGAUCAUCCAGGCCAUCAGCCUGCUGGACCAGCUGGAAAAGGACAUCAACACCUUCUCCAUGCGCGUCCGGGAGUGGUACGGCUAUCACUUCCCCGAGCUGGUGCGCAUCGUCAGCGACAGCGCUUCCUACUGCCGCCUGGCCCAGCUCAUCGGCUGCCGGCGGGAACUCAGCGAGGAGAAGCUGGAGGCGCUGGAGGAGGUGACGAUGGACAGCGCCAAGGCCCAGGCCAUCCUGGACGCCUCCCGUUCUUCCAUGGGCAUGGACAUCUCCCCCAUCGACCUCAUCAACAUCGAGAGCUUCUCGCGGCGGGUCGUGUCGCUGUCCGAGUACCGGCUCGGCCUCCUGCAGUACCUGUGCUCCAAGAUGAACCAGGUGGCUCCCAGCCUGGCCGCCCUCAUCGGCGAGGUGGUGGGCGCCCGCCUGAUCUCCCACGCCGGCAGCCUGACCAGCCUGGCCAAGUAUCCCGCGUCCACGGUGCAGAUCCUGGGGGCCGAGAAGGCCUUGUUCAGGGCCCUGAAGACGCGGGGGAACACCCCCAAGUACGGGCUCAUCUUCCACUCGACCUUCAUCGGCCGGGCGGCCGCCAAGAACAAGGGCCGCAUCUCCCGCUACCUGGCCAACAAGUGCAGCAUCGCCGCCCGCAUCGACUGCUUCUCGGAGGUGCCCACCAGCGUGUUCGGGGAGAAGCUGCGUGAGCAGGUGGAGGAGCGGCUGUCCUUCUACGAGACCGGAGAGCCGCCCCGCAAGAACCUGGACGUGAUGAAGGAGGCCGUGUUGCAGGCCGGGGAGGUGGUGGCCGAGGUGCGCAGGAAGCUGGCCAAGAAAGAGAAGAAGCGGUUGAAGAAGCAGCGGCGACUCCAGGCCGCGGCGGCCGAAGACGGCGGGGACGUCCCCGAGGCCAACGGCGAGGAGACGGGACAGAAACGCAAGAAGAAAAAGAAGCGGGGCUCGGAGCCCGAGGAGAACGGAGUGGAGGAGGAGGAGGAACUGGAGACCCCCAAACCCAAGAAGAGGAGGAAGUCGGAACCCCCCACAGAAGACCCGGAGCCGCCCCCUCCUAAGAAAAGCAAAAAGAAAAAGGCCCGGGCCCAGUCCGAAGAGGACUGACCCGGCCGGCCUCCCGCUCUCCCUUUACGGACUUUGUUUUCCCCCCCGCCCCGCUGUGACCCUCCGCCAAUAAACGACGUUUGAGUCUGUA